AUUAAUAAACUAUCAGCUGAACCGGAAUUUGAUCUCCUGCGCAUGCGCUCUAAUUCACCCUUUUUCCCCGCUUCACGUUGAAAAUGGCGACUGCAGCCAAAGUCAGUAAAACAGAGAAUAAAAACAACCAUGACGCAGCUGACGAACAAGCUGAUAAAGAGCAGCAAGAAGCAAUCGAGCAGAUAGACGAAGUGCAGAAUGAGAUUGACAGACUGAAUGAACAGGCAAGUGAGGAGAUCCUGACUGUUGAGCAAAAGUACAACAAACUGCGGCAGCCUUUCUUCAAGAAACGCUCGGACCUCAUAGCCAAGAUACCUAAUUUCUGGGUGACUGCUUUUGUCAACCACCCCCAAGUGUCAGCAUUGUUGACAGAAGACGAUGAAGAGGCCUUGCAGUUCUUGACCAAAGUUGAAGUGCAGGAGUUUGAUGACAUCAAGUCUGGCUACACAAUAAACUUUUACUUCGACAGCAAUCCGUACUUUGAAAAUGAAGUCAUUUCUAAGGAGUUUCAUCUGAACGACACAGGAGAUCCGUCCUCAAAGGCCACUCCUAUCAAAUGGAAGGAAGGAAAGGACCUUACCAAGAAGAGUGCUGCUGCACAGAAAGGCAAGAAGCGUGCACAUGAUGACCAGGACUCAUUCUUCAGCUGGUUUUCUGACCAUGCUGAUGCCGGUGCUGAUGAGCUUGGCGAGGUGAUAAAAGACGACAUCUGGCCUAACCCUUUACAGUACUACUUGGCUUCAGAAAUAGAUGAAGAAACAGGGGCAGGAGAUGAAGAUGAGCUUGAUGAAGAAAAUCUUGAAGAGGAGGAUGGUGAAGAAGAAGAUUUUGAAGGCGAAGAGGAGGAAGAAGAAGAGGAAGGUGAUGGAGAAGAGGAGGAGGGGUAGGCGACUCACAUCUUCAUCACACACAUCAUCAUCAUUGUACACCUGUAUUGCAAAUGUUGUCGUGGAAACAACUUGCGGGAUCAGAGCAGCUUGGGAGCACCAGGAGAUCAAGAGAUAAUGGACUGCACAUUGUUACCUGACCAGCACACACUUUUUAUUUUAUUUUAUUUUUUUUGGUGCAAUCUUCAAAUUCAUCAUGCAGAAGAGACAAAUUUGAUGAGAUCUGUUUGCUUUGGUGCAUACUUGCUGUGUUUGUGUUGCGGAUAGAAGUCCCGCAUGCUGUCAGCAAGGUACAAAGCAGCCAGAUUUUGUGAGAACAUUUAUAUCCUGCUGUGGAAUCAUCUUGGUCAUAGUGGUAAUAUUUUUUCUUUGGCGACCAACCCGAUGCAGAAAUUUCUGACCACAAAAUAUUGUGCAGUGACAUUGUAGACUUGGUUAGGACUUGUCACAGACAAUGUCAUUGUCAGGGGAAGAGCAUGUGCACUGAGCCAGCAAGUUGUGAGCCGGGGCAGGGACAAAUAAAUGUUAUGUUGUACUCUUUUUAUCCUGACUCCACCUUGCCUCUUGCACACUCUUAUUGUAUGUGUAUGGCUCAAAGUAUGUGUGUGCAUGCUUGUAUAAGAGUGAGGUCAUUUUCUUAUUUUUACUUUCAUAACAUGCAAUUGUAGUGACACUUAUGACUAUCAUAUCAGUCAAAAUGGUUUCCCGCCUGCAUAUGAGUGAACAAAAAACAUGAAGUAAAGUUUCUUUAACCAGC